GUGAGAGAAUGUAAGAUUUUACAUACAACAUAUAGCGUGUUACUUUGAUAACCAAUACAGAAUUAAUAAACUUGACAUGUAUUGGUGACACUCAAUCAGUUCACUAUCGUUUUUCACUGAUUCUCUUCGACUGAGAUAAAAAACAACUGAAAAAAAACGAGUAGACAAUAUCUUGAUAAUAUCAGGGAUUGAAUGAAAUCAGGCAAAGAAUUAAAUAUCGUGGAACACAUGGACUUUCUAUAUAAUUUUAGCAAUUCUAUGAAAAAUAUUCAUUCUCUUGUUUUUACAAAUAUCAAUAAAUUCUGAUUGAAUUGGCGAAAAAUCAAGUAAAAUUGAUGAAUGUGACAAAAGAUGGAGCAAGAAGAAAAAUGUAAGCCAACCAAUAGGAAUGUUGAUAAUGUUGAAAUAUCUACAGACGAUUCAAUGACAUCAUCACAUUAUUGUUUCGGUAUAAAGAUGAAGUUGCAUGAUACUCAUGAAGUGAAAAGUAAGUCAUUGAACAGAAAUUCAAUUGGAUCAUCUACAUCAAUUUCAAUGCCAAUAUCAUGGUCAAAAAGAGUUGGAUCUCGUAAGAAAUUGGAUACAUCCUCCGAAUUUGACGGGAAGACUGAGUAUGGAGUUAAACAGAGAUCACUGACAGAGGUACCAGUCAAUAAUAAAUAUAGAAAAGAAACGGAUACGCAUAAGGAAAGGUUUUUGCGUUUCUUCAAAGUUGGCUUCAUGAACAAAUCCAGAAAGCAGAAAACAGAUACGAACAUGGAACAGACAUCACCGUUUGAAGCUAUGCGAAAUGUUUCAGUGAAACAUUCACAAUUUGCCAAGUACUUAGCUCUAGAAAAUUCUGGUGGUAAUCAGAGUAUGACAUAUCUCCCAUCGACUGUAAAAAUGAGUUUGCAAUGGCCUGAAGAAGACAAGUCAACUAUUCCUGAUCCAAUUGAUUCAAAAAAUUCACCAUCUUAUUCUAGGGAAUGCGUUAAUAUAGAAAGAAUUGACUACAAACAGGAGAGUUGUAAUCAUGUGGUGGUGAUACGUCCACCUAAAUGUGGUGGUCAUAGAAGUUCAAGUGCUACACAAUCUGAUCGUCUUUCAGAGCUAUCCACUGAUAGAACUUCAGAAUCAUGUUCAAACACUGAAAAUGUUUAUCCACCGACUCCUUUUGCCUCAAAAUCUUCAGUGAUUCUUCGUCGUCCAAGAACUCCUACUUUGGGAAGAGCUGCUCUAUUCGUUCGUGCUUCAUAUACGAGUGUAGAUAAGUCAUUGAUACCGUCUAACACAUCAUUUUGUAAGCAAAACACAAGAAGGGACACAAUUCUAUCAAAUGACUCUCAUUUGAGUGAUAUUGCAAAUUUAUCGAAUGUACAGUCAAGUUUUAUGAGUCGAAGUUCAAGUAUAAACUGUGAACUCAGAGAGUUUGGUCAAAAUCAACAACAAAGCAUAAACCAAUUUUUGAAUAAAAAUGAUCCAUUACAAAGUGAAUUGCAGUCGGAUAACUCAAAUGGAAAGCAAUAUGAAACGAGAAUACCGACAGCUAUAUCAAAAAGGCAUUAUUGUCAUGCUUAUGAUACAGUUCCACUAGAUAAAUUAGAGUGUUUGAAAUUAAUCCCUUCAGUACAAAUGCUUAAUAAAUGUUCUGAUACAAAAUCUGAGAUAUCUAAAUUGUCUACAGGAAAAUCUUCUAAUUGUGUUUCAUAUCCAAUCAAAUUAUCACAAGACGAUCAGAAAAUACAAUCAUCUUCCACAGAAUACAUUUCUCAAUCCAAUGAAAUUAACACCACUAUAUCUGAUAGUUUUAUAAAUAGUAAACACUUAGAUAGUGUUUCAAUUGUAUCUUCUUCAGAAACUGAAAUAUCAUUAAUAGAAAAUAAACAAUCUGUAAAGCAACGUGAAGUGUUACAAUAUGAGUCAACUUGUACAUCGAAAGUUUCCAGUCCACUUAUUGAUACACGAUCCACUUCAAAAAGUUGUCAUAUUAUCAUGAAUUCACGUAAAUCAGUUGAAAUACCAAAGACUUCAGUACAAUCAGUUAAACAAAAAUCUAGUAAGACUAUGAUUAAUGCAGAACUGCCAACAUCUCCAAAAUUUUAUAGUUCACAAAAAUCUAAAAUAUCAACUAACUUGAAAUUGAACAAAACUGAGAUGAAAAACUCUUCUCAUCUAACCAAUCAACUGACAACACUAGCUAAUAAUAGUACAAUUUAUUCAGAAUAUAAUACACGUCAAGUAAUAUGUAGAGAAAACACAUCAGAACACAUCAGGGAGUCACAGAAUAAUCAACAAUGCAAUCAAUCAAUCCCUAUUGGUUCUAUCAAAUUACGAAGACGUGCCAAACCAGAACUAGAAAAUGAACAACAUAAGGAUGUUUCACUUCGGAUAUCUAUACAAGAAGUUAAAAAUCUAUCCGCUAAAGGACGAUACUUUUGUGAAAUAUGUUUGGAUCGUACACUUUAUGCACGUACUACUAGUAAAUUGUCAGAUGGAACGGUAUUCUGGGGUGAACAAUUCGAUUUAAAUAAUUUACCCCAGAUUUCCAUAAUGACAAUCAACUUAUUCAGACAGGGAAACUCUAUCAAAGAUAAACGACAAAGAAGUAGAAGUCAGAAUCAAUUUAUAGCCUAUGUUACUGUUCCAUUGAAUGAUGAUUCAAUACAAUGCGAAGUUCAACAAUGGUUCACAAUGCAACCUCCACAGCUUAAUCCGAAUUUAAAUUAUCUUGAAAGUCUACAAGUUAGUCAUCAACAUCAUCAAUUACAACAACAGAAUGAUAUAAAUCAAUCUAAAGCAAUGAAUUCAGUCAAUGGAGGGAGUUCUGGACGUUUUCGAAAACGUUCCACUCCAGCUACAUGUUUUGGAUAUUCUAGUUCAUUUUCUGGUAUAACAAAUUCACAAUAUACUAAUACUAGACUGAAUAAUGAUGAAAUAAAAUGUAGUAAUGUUGAACAAUCAAAAAAGAAAUCUUCAUGGACAGCUGGUGUUACUACAGAGAUAAAUUUGAAUAAAGCUAAUAAAACUAGUCCUAAAUUAUCGUGUACUUCAACUAAUUCUCCGAAUCUUUCACCGAGUAAUAAUUCGAUUACAGCUAAUUUUAUUCUACCCGAAAAUUCUUUCCCUCAAAUAAGAAUGAAAAUUCAAUAUCAAGCUGUUGAUGUUCUACCUAUCGUAUGCUACGAUGCAUUAAAAGAGUUCAUCAAAACAAAAUAUAUGGAUUUAAUAAAAAGUUUAGAAGUGAAGUUAUCCGCUAAACAAAAAGAAGAAUUGGCUAGUUGUCUUGUAAAUAUCUUUGAAAAGUUACCAAAUUUAUCAGUAGCCGAAUUUUUAGCUGAAUUACUUCGUGAAGAUAUCAAUAAUAAUGGUAAAGGAUCUAUGAUUUUUCGUGCCAACUCAACAGGAUCGAAAGCAAUGGAGUGUUAUAUAAAACUGGUGGGAACUGAUUACCUUCAAUACCUGCUGAGUUCAAUAAUUGAUCAACUACUUGUUAUUGAAGAUGAAUUUGAGAUUGAUCCAUCAAGACUAGGAAGUUUAAACGAUUCAUCAAAUACGCCGAACAAUCGGAGUUCAUCACAAGCUAUAUUAGAAAGAAAUCGUACAGCUCUGUUGAAACAUGUUGGAUUGAUUUGGCAAAGAAUUGAAUCUAGUCAAUGCAAGCUGCCUAAGGAAUUACGUGAUGUCUUCAUUACACUGGCAGCUGUUAUCGAAGCAACACAUGGCGUUCAAUCAGCUGCUCAUCUAAUUUCAAGUUGUUUAUUUCUACGUUUUAUCUGUCCAGCAAUACAUGGUCCAGUAUUGUUCGGUUUAGCUUCAUCUAUACCAGAAAAUAAUCCUAAUUUAACAUUAUUCGAAGAUAAAGAACCUCAUAUGAAAGCAUUGAACUCAUUUGUUGAACAAGAAAUUCCAACAAUGUACAAAUUUCUUCGAUCUAUUGCUUCAGAUACGGAUUCAAGUUAUCAAUCAUCAACUACUUCUGAUUGUCAUGAAUUCAUUGAGUUGGGAUAUGAAUUUGCAAAACUUACUCAACUGCUCAAUAUGUACAUUAGUAAAAUUAAUAUCACACCACAAAUCGCUGAAUUACCAAGUCUUUUACAAAACUUAACAGAAGCAUUAAACAGUCAAGUUUUUCUAUCAUGGAAUCAUAAAAGUCCAGUCACCUGUGAAAAACCCACAAAUAAUCUACAGAACAAUUCAAUCUUAUCUAAAAGUGGAAUACCGAGACAUUACAGUUUUACAGUUCAGAACUCUAUUUCAACUGUAGACAACAGAAGGCAGUCAGAAACGAAUACAGUCAGUACAAAAACACCUAUGACUAGCGUUCAUGAAAUUGAUAGAAAAGUAUCUUCAGAAAAACCUAGUACUGUAAAAAAAUUACAUCAUCAAAGUGAUACAUAUUCUGUUAACAAUUACACUUCAAAUACUUCAAUUAUGGAUAGUAACAAUGAAACUGAGCAAACCUUAAAUUCAAAACAAAGCGAUUCAUGGAAUUCAUCAAUUGUUCAAAAAGAUUAUUUACCUUGUAAAUUUGAUUCAGUUAAUAUAAUCUAUAAAAAUGUAAAUAUGAAUGAUUUGGAACAUUCAGAAAAUAUAGAGGAUUUAUUGAUUCAAUAUCGUGAACAAUUACGUCAAUUAAAUGAUUGUAUUGAAAAAGUGGAACCAAACUGUUAUCUCACUUCAAAUAUAUCACACAGUUUAAGUCAAUCUACACAAUCUGUACAUAAGAUUAAAUAUCUUUCAGAAAGUGAAACAUCAUUAUCUAACACUACAACUCUGACAACAACCACUAUUACAACUAAUAAACAAGUUGAUGAUGAGAAAAUUGAAAGACAGUUAUCUAAACAGAAUAAUGACAGUAAUGAAAGUAAUCAACAUCACCGUCAUCAUCAUCAUCAUACAAAACGGAAGAUAUUUGACUCAAAAUCAGACAAUUCUACACCAAUACCAAUAAGUCGUACGUUAAGCGCUAACCAUCGCUUAUAUGAAAGAUCAGAUAAUCCAGUAAAUAGUAAAUCAAUACUUACUAGUAAUAAUAAUAUCAGGGAAGUGUCAAUUCACUCAAGAUGCAUAAAUAUUGAUCAAUCAAGUACAAGCGAUAGUGAUUAUGAUGAUGAUGAUGAUGAUCAAAGGAUUACAGACUGUACUACAGAAGAUACAAGUGAAAGCGGUAAGAAAGUAAUAUCAAUGAAGAAUAGAUCAAGAAAAAUUUCUAGUACAAGACAGAAUCAUCUAUCUGAAUCACCCAGUUUGGAUCAAUUAGCUGAAAGAUUACAAGAAUUGAAAAAAAUGCUUCAAUUAGAGCGUCAAGAGAUUGAAGAGGUGGUUGCCUCUAAAACAGAAGUAAUAAAACAACAAGAAAAAUCUAUUGAACAGUUAGAAUCAGAACUGGAUCAAUUGCGUAGAGAGCAUCGACCAUCAAAAGUGAAACCACCCAAUGGUAGGCAUACAAGUAAAUCAACAUCACGUACAGUCAGUCCAGCUUCAUCUUUCUCUUCUGAAUGCUAUUCAUCUGAUGUAACUCAAGCUUGUCAUAGUUAUAAUUAUCACCACAUUAACAAUAACAAUAAUAAUAAUACUAUUUCCAAUAAUGAUAUGCAUAAUAAUAAUAAUAAUAAUAAUAAUAAUAAUAAUAAUAAUUUCUUAGAUUCACCAAUUUCUGAUUAUCAUAGUAAUCAAGGCUUAAAUAAUAUUAGUCGCAAUGAUACAGUAAAUAUUGAAAAUUAUCGAACUCAAAGUUUUCGAGAGAAAUUAUUAUGGAGAGGACAAAUAAAUCGAUGUGAACCACAGGUUAGAUGUGAUUCAAAUCUACUUUAUUUAUCAAGAGCCAGUGAAGGUACAGGAAUUCCUUUAGGACAUUUAAUUGAAGCUAAUCGUUCAAUACAUUUAAAACAUCGUGUUUCUGAGACAAAAGUUAUGCCUCAAUAA